AUGGCACCCAAGAAAACAGUCGUCGUCGUCGGCGCUUCGUGGGCCGGGAUCAAAACAACACACGCCAUCCUGAAGAACAUUUCAGAUGUGAAGGUCAUCCUGGUCAACCCUUCAUCGAAGCAUUUUUUCAACAUCGCUGCUCCCCGCAUCCUAGCAAAACCGGAUGCAUUCAAACCGGACCAGUAUAUUUUCGACAUUCCGGAAUUGUUCCAAAAGUACGAUAGGAAACUCGUCUCGUUUGUCCAAGGUGUUGCAAGCUCAAUAGACGUGAAUCAGAAGACUGUAACUGUCACCAUCGCUGGCGUUGACAACAAGGAACAUGGGGAAUCGAUCAUUUCUUACGAUUAUCUCGUUAUAGCGUCUGGCAGUACUACCUGGGCAACGACGGGCCAAUCCAGUGUUCUUGCACCGUUUAAAACGACCGGAUCAGAUGCUAUGCAGACUACCAUCGAACAAGCACAGAAGGCUAUAUCAGAAGCUAAAACUGUAGUGGUUGGAGGAGCCGGCGCUGUCGGGGUCGAAUUUUGUGGAGAGCUAGCGGAAGCAUUCCAUGGCAAAAACGACAAAUCCAUCACACUCCUGACAAGGACAGAUCGGAUUCUACCUACCUUGAAGCCUACAGCAAGCAAGAAAGCUCAUAAAAUCCUCUCCGGCAUGGGCGCCAAUAUUCGCACAUCCACUGUUGUCAGCAGCGCUUCCCAAGAUCCCUCCUCUAAAAAAUGGACAGUAACAUUGGAGGGAGGUGAAACCAUCACUGCGGACGUAUAUAUCUCAACCACUGGCGUCGUUCCCAAUAGCGACUUUGUCCCCGCCGACCUAAAAGACAACGAUGGCUGGGUAUCAGUCGAUGCGGAAUUCCGCGUAAAGAGAAAGAAUGGAACAGCUAAAGAGAAAUUACCAAUCUACGCGGUUGGCGAUAUCACUACCCAUACACCUCGCAUGUUGUUGAAAGUUGAUGGCCAAGUCUCUGUGCUAGUCGCCAAUCUCCACGCUGACAUAGAGAAAUUGAAGGGAAAAAGGUCCCAAUAUUCAGAGAGUGAUAAAACCAUCAUGCUUGUGCCGAUUGGGUCACGGUCGGGUACAGGCCAGAUUUGGUUCUUUGUUGUAUGGGGAUGGCUUGUCGCGCUCCUAAAAGGAAGAGACUAUUUCCUCUCUCGGGCUGACUCCGAACUUAUGUGA